AGCCAGACUCAUGUAUCCGACGAUCUUGGCGCCACUCGGUAGCGCAUGAAACGGCCUAUUCAAAUAAAAACACGAUGGACUCGCGCCGUUUGAAGCCCGGCAAGAUGCAGCCCGCGCUGUCGUCGCCCAACCUCUUGUUACCGCAGAGCCGCGAAGAGUUCGUGCUCGAGUUUUACAACCCGCGCCUCCGCGUCGGGCGGGAAGGCGGCGGCUUGAGCGAGUCGAUGAAGCGCGCGCUCACCGGGCUCGACCGCAUUGGCCCAACGUCACCACAAAUCAAGUGUGUGUCGUUUGUGGAUCCGCUCGAAGAUGCGGUCAAGCGCGAUCUGCGCAAGAGCCACCUGUUGCACCCGCUGCCGUCUCUGGCGUCGCCCAAGAAGGCAGCCUCGACACCAGCGCGCUGUCAGCGCUGCUUCUCGUCCAACGUCGUGUAUCUGCCGUCCUGCGCGUACUGCGAGAAGCUCCAGCUCCUCUCGGACGUCAACACGCUAGCGAAGCGGUAUGCAUUCAACCUCCUGGAACGCGAGCCGACGAUCCCGCCGCGGCAGCUCCUCGACUUGGUCUUUGGCUACCUCUACGAGCUUCAAGACCCACUGACUGCAAAGCGCGACGUGCCAGCACAGCUCACCAUACCGAGCGACGUCCUCUCACUCGAUGGCAACAAUGGAUCUGUCUCGAAAGACGAAGCUACGCAGAUGAUCCGCAGCGCCGAGGCGGCGCCCACCGCGCUGGCGACGACGCGCGACGCGAUCCUCGAGCUCAAGCAAGCGCGUGCUUCGAUCGUUGCGAGCAAAGUGGCCUUGUCGCAACCGACCAAGGUGUCGCUCGUGCAGUACCUGCUCGACACGUUUGCGCAGCCGAGCGGCGCGGGCGCCGACUGGACCCGUGAACAGCGCUGGGACCACCAAGACAUGUGCGUCGAGAUGCUCAAGCUCCUCUCGACCGACGACGUCGACGACGUGCUGCGGACGUACAAUGCGUGGAAGCAUGUGAACGAGGUCAACCAAAAGCAGCGCGCGAUGGAGCUCGCGUGGAACCAGCGACUCUUCGAGACGACGGAGGAGCCUCGGAAUGUCCAGACCCCAGGGGAGGACGACGAGGAGGACGAGUGCGAGACGAGUCGCAACCUCGGCCGGCCACUCACUUUGCACCAGAAAAAAGCCAAUCGCGUGAGCGUCUCCAAAGAGCACCGGCGUACGCUCAUUGCACAGCACCAUACCAGCCAGCGCAGCCUUCUUCUACAGUCCAAGACCGAGGGCGCGGCUGUGAGCCCAGCACCACAUGUGGCCUUGAAGGAGCUACCAACGUCUGCAAAGGAAGCACUGGGAACGAUGAGCGAACCUGAAAUCAGCCUUCCGCAGCUCUUCUUGACCGCCGAGCGGUACCAAACAACGUCGAGCAACGGUAUGUUUCACAUCGACCACCUCGGGCUCCUCGAGCAGGCGGGGCUUUCGACACACGACCUCACUACGAUCGUCAAGCUCGACCGACGCACGCAAAUGGUGUACCUCUUGGCCGACGAGAGCGACCGUACGACGCUGCUGCAUCUCUCGUCGCUCGGGCGCGUCAACCUCGUUGCCGAGUGGCUUGGGCGCAAUGUCGACAACGAAACACUCCUCAUUGCGGCGACAUCGGCAAAAGGUCAGCUCCUGAGUACCGACGAGCGCCGUCUCAUUCUGGCCAUGGACGACGCCGACGUUCGAUACCACCUCAGCUUUUGGAAGCAACUGCAGCACCAGCGCGCGCACAAGAAGGUGGCGACGUCGGUGCAUUUUCUGCACCUCAACUUGCCGCACCACGAGCGCGACGCGUUCUUCCGCGUGCCACGCUACUGGCAAAAGCUCAUCAAAGCCCGCGAUCUGAGCGUCCAGCCCAUGCCGAUCGCAGUCAUUCGGCCGUUUGUGCUGCAGCUCUACAUCCGUUGUGCCCAAGAAGACGUCGACGAGUACGACUUGGCCGAGUUUGUCGUCGAGCACAUGACGUUAUCGUUUGGGGCAGCGACGCCCCUGCGACUGCAAGGCUUCAUCACAGCCCUCGAGCAGUACCACACCAAAGACACGUGGCUGUACACGUUUUGCCGCUUUUGCCACAUCACCGAGCGAUUGCCCGCGGGCUGCUUUCGGUUCUACCUCUCGGCGGUGCUCUGCCUGCGCUUUAGCACCCCGAAUCGAUCGCAGAUCGCCGACUAUGUUGUCCCGCGAGAGCUCUUCCACCCGCUCCUCGCGACCAAGGCCAAGAUGGCGCUGCAAGCGAUCGCGCGGGAUGCCCACGUCCGCGACGAACACUGGCUCGCGACGUUCACCGAGAUGCGGACCGUGUGCCCGCGCACCAAGGGCGUCGUGAGCAACCACCUCUACGUGGUCGGGCUCUCGGUCUUUAUGGACCUCGUGCUCGGCAUUUGGGAGGCCAACCGCGAGAGCAUGACCAAGGAGAUGCGCGUGCUCUUUGAGCAGUUUGACACGGACCACAGCAAGAGUCUGAGCUACGCCGAGUUCAAGGCCUUCAUCACGCACUGCAGCGCGAGUCUCGAGGCCAAGAGCCGCCCGCACUCGCCACUGCGCCGGGCGUCCUUGAGCUCUCUUCUUGGACCUCCAAAAGCCCGCCCGGAACGCCGCCCCGCCGGCUCGUCGCCCAAAGACGAAAAAGACAUUAUCAAGCUCUACGCCAAGUGCCUCAUGCAGUCGGACAAGGACGAGGUCAACGUCGAGUCGUUCGUGCUCGGUGGUCUUGACAACCCGCUCAUUUUGACACUACUGGGGUUUCCCGUGCCACCGACGCACACAUCGGCAGCUGGCAUCAUGGCGCUGCAGCUCGUCACGCGCGCGGUUCGCGCCUACAUUCAGCGCAAGCGAAGUCGUGCAGCGGCCAAGGCCAAGGCCGCGUAGACU